CUCUUUUCCUGGGACACUGGCUUGACAUGUGAACAUUGCGCCAGGUGAUACAACUUCAAAGCUCUGCGCUGCUAUAAUUCUUGGAUAAACGAAACUUCAGUUUACCGUGCUGCUCCGUCAACUCUGAACUUAUAUGUCGAAAAUAUAGUAUAAAGGCCGUCCACUCCCCAGACUGUCUUUGACUCUCGUUGCCACUGGGGAUUAUUGAUUCCAUCAGUCCAGUCCUGCAUUUCCAGUGAGAUCGCUCCAUACUCCGGCACUAUACCAGUACCUUGCUUCGUUUCAGUGGUACUUGAUCUGUGUGACAAUAGAAAUAUAUCAGUUACUACUACUAAAUCCUUUGGACUCCAGAGCCAGAAUUGAUCCUUGCCAAGAACAGGCUGCACAUGGUUCGUGUGCAACCUCAGGCCGAGCAGAAUGACCGAUACAAUUCGUUCCACCGACCGAUUAUGAGAGAAACUACCCUGGGAACCAAUGAUCUCCGGCUGGAAUAUGAUGGGGGCGCCUACGUGCUUCGGGAGAAGCACGAUGCUCCCGAGCCUCACAAAGACUACCGUACGGUUCAGCCCAAUGAUGGCUAUUACUUCCUGUGCCUUGGAAUCUGCCAGGGUACAUGCGAGAAGGUUCUGUACUUGUCCACCGAUAAUUCCUCCAUUGUCACUCUGCUGCAGUCAAUGCUGGUCACCGUGGACAACAACGACCUCAUCGACGCGCAAUUCAAGUCGUUUGUGGUUGCUAAUCUUGUUCGCCAGCAUAUCCUGAGAUUGAGGCCCGCUGCGGGUACACUGCUCAUUCACGAGCCCGACCCUGGCCUUGCGUCUUUGCUGUCUGGUCGAACGGCUGGCGAGGGUCAGUCGAUUGUGUUCACAACAUGCAAGCCAAGUAAUGCGAAGAGAAGAAACUGGAUCUAUGUACACGAAAGAACUCCUGCGCGCACUAUCGAUGCACUUAUUCCGCGCGACGUUGCGUUGAUUAUCGAUCUAUCUUCCACUGCUGCGUCCAAGUAUGGACUUGGGACCAGAAUUGCCUCAUUGCGACCUCAGGCCGGCCAGAAACUUGGCUUUUCUAAUCUUGUCCACAGCACGGCAUCGCUGAUGUCAACCCUUGUCCUUGAGAACAUUGGGCUACUUCUUGAACGAGUCUCGGCAUUUGCACAAUCCCAACUGAAUGGAGUUCCAGACGGAGCGCCGCUCGACACUUUCACUGUUGGAGAAGCCGUGACGAAGCAGCUCCCAGAGUCAAGCCUAGCAUUGAUUCAAUGGGACCCAAAUCAGCCCGUUUCGGUCUUAGUGGAUGAUAAAACCUACUGGUUGGCGGGCCUGGCGGGAGACAUAGAGCAGUCCCUGGCUGAUUUUAUAAUCCAAUAUAGUGCGAGGCACAUCGCUCUCGGUAGCCGCAACCCAAUAGUCUGCCCUGAAUGGCAGAAGUUGUGUCAAGCCCGUAGAGCGCACAUCGAGUACUUUACAUGUGAUCUGAUCCAGUAUACGUUAGUUCAAUUGAUACUCAGCGUGAUCAAAAGCAAGAUGCCUCGGAUUGCCGGCGUUGCUAAUAGUGCCCUUACGGUCCUGAAACCCAAGAUGGACGGCACCGUGAAUCUUGACAGCGCUUUCACGUACCAUGCGCUAGACUGGUUCAUCGCCUUCUCGUCGAUCGUCGGGACGACCGGUAAAAUGGGCCAGGCGGCCUACUCGGCGGCCAACUGUUUCAUGAAGGCGCUGGUGAACAACCGGCGCCGCCGGGGCCUCGCCGGGUCGGUCAUCGAUAUCUCCCGGGUCAUCGGGGAGCAAACGGAGCGGCUCAUGAACCGCACCGGCACCAUCCCUAUGUCCGAGCCGGAUUUGCAUCAGCUGUUCGCAGAGGCGGUGGUUGCCGGCCUACCGGGGACGGCGCCCGGCUCGGAGCUCAUCACGGGCCUGGCGCCCAUCGGGAUGGCGCAGGCGGAAACCGCCUUCUGGGCCGCCAACCCCAAGUUUGGACUCUUGGUGCGCGACCAAACCACCUCCUCGACUGUCUCCACGCUCGACGAGAAUGGGCGCUCCAUUGCCCAGGUUCCCGUCUGGAUUCAGCUGCAGGAUGCUACCUCGCCGCAGGAGGUGUCGACCCUUAUCCAAGGUAAGUGAUCAUGCACCCCCCCCCCUACCUUCCUCUUCCGGUCCACCUUCUCAAAUUUACGGUACUCCUCGCCAGAGCUUCCAUGUAUACAAAUCCAGAAAAGAAUCCAGAAACUCCAGACCAUGCAUGAAUGUGUGUUUCUCGCCAAACAGCAAUCCAAUAGCCAUAAAUGCUCUUGUUCCCGUUUUCCCUUUUGCUUCAGAAGAUGCUUUUCUCUGUUCCAGGAUAGCGAGGUCUAAAUCGAUAAGAACAGCCGGUCAAUGUCCAGCGUGGUCAUUGCUAAGAAUAAGGUUCCC